AACUAUCCAAGUGUGUGUGCCAGUGUUGGCUAUCUUUACUAUUCUAUAUUUUGGGGAUUUUUUUUUUUUUUUCCUCCUUUUCAAUCCAUGGGAAGCCAAUUGAAGAAGAGUUAUGAUGUUUUCCUGAGUUUUCGAGGGGAAGACACUAGUCGCAGAAAAACAUUUACAGAUCACCUCUACGCCGCUUUGUCCAAUACCGGAUUCAAAACCUUCUACGACCAGGAUCUGGCAGUUGGAACAGCCAUCAACGAAGAAUCAGCGGAUGAAAAAGAAUCGUCAUCAACAUCAGUAUUUGAAAAAGCAAUCAAAGAAUCUCUAGUUGCUAUUAUUGUGUUCACCAAAAUCUAUGCAGCUGGCUCUUCGUGGUGUCUCGAUGAGCUUACCGAGAUUAUGAAAUCGAAACAUUCUAAUUCCAAUUCAAACGGGGCGGUGGUUUUUCCAAUCUAUGAUUAUGAUGUGAGUCCACAGCAGGUGAUCGGUAGGUACCGUCAAACGCACCAGAAGACUAAGGACGACUUUUGGUUGAACCAGCUUUCUUCUGCGUCUUCUUCUAAGUACCAAUUGCAACCUGGGUCUGAAGCUGUAUUCAUCCAGACAAUCGUCAAAGAUGUUGUCGCCUUAUCCAACCCAACCACCACCCCCUUGAACGUCCCUUCCUACUCUGUAGGCAUCCAAUCUCGACUCCGAGAUGUUGACAUCUGGUUAAAAGAUGCUUCUACUGAUGCUAGGCUCGGAGUCAUUUCUGGCAUGGGAGCAUCGCUCCUUGCAGACAUCCACAAGGGCGGCAUGGAUCAGGAUCCCCUACGCCCUAAAAGGGUCCUCGUUGUUCUUGACGAUCUACUGCUGCCUGAUCAGCUCGAUGCCUUGGUGCCACGGCCCGACCUAUUUCCCAGAGGAAAUCAUCUCAGCCAUACAUGCUUCAGGAUCAAACCCUUGGAUUUUCACGAAUCUCUUCGCCUCUUCUCUCUGCACGCCUUUUCACAAGAUCUUCCUUUCCACGACCACUUGGAACUCUCACAAAGGCUUGUACAACAUUGUGAAGGCCGCCCCUUAGCCCUCGAGGUCUUGGGCUCUACCCUGUUUGGCAAACCCUUGCCUUUGUGGGAAACCGCUUUAAAAGAGCUGGAAGCAAUCGCGGAUGGACGGACCCGCAAAGCAAUUCAGGCUCCCGACCGCACCUCAUCUCAUACCACGACUCAGUCUGAAACCCUCACAACUGAAAAAUCUCUACUCUUCAAGAAAGAAGCACUUGGAAAACGCAAGCGUCUGGAUGAUUAUGAUGAUGUAUCAACGCCAACAGCCGAAAAAACGCCAAGAGUGUUCAAGCGUUUGUUGCGUGGCCUCUUCUCCUGGUUAAAGCCAGCUACUUCCUCGGCAAAAGUCCCCUCGGAGCAGGGCAGUAGUUCUCUGUUGAUUUCUACCAUAAGAAAACAACUGGGAUGUGAAAGCAGAAACGCGGGUUUGCGAGUUCCCAGCCUUCUUGAUGAUGCUUCCACUGCUGCUGCUGCUACUGAUGAUCAUGAUGACGCCACUUCAAUGUAUAGCAGUGGCAGUUCAGAUGCUAGCUCGGCUAUGUUUGAUGCUGUUGCUGCUGCUGGAUGUGGGAAUUCUACUUCGGUGGCCAUGCCAAGCAAUGCUUCUGAAAUUCAAGUUCUCCUACUUUCCGAGCCGAUAUCCAUACUAUCUGGCAUUGUACACUAUGUGGCACGAACAACUGCCAAUUUUAAAGCUGAACUGUCGCAACUCCAACUUACUUUAGAGAGAAUAAUUCCAAUAGUUGAGGAUGCAGUAAAGGGGAAUCAGAAACUGAAUCGUACGGAGCAACAGUUGGAAAUGUUCUUAGAUGACAUCCAGGAUGCUCAAAAACUUGUCCACAAAUGCUUAAAAAUCAGAGUGAAUUUCAUCAAGAAGUUCACAGUUUCAUUGAAGCUAAAAGAUGUCAAUGACAAGCUGAAACGAUUUUUUCAACUCGAAGUUCAAGCAGAUCAGAUGCAGGACAUCAAGCAGAUAAUUGCGGAAGCGAGUGAUGUUAAGCAAAGAAUGGAUGCUUUGUCUUCUGAUGCGAGGAAAGAAAUAGAAAGAUAUGAACUAAGUGAAAGGGGAAAGUUGGGUUGGCGAGUUCCUGUCCUUCCUAGAAGCAUCGUGGUAUUCGAUGAACCAUUAAAAAAUCUGAAGGCGAAGAUUCUUUCUGACAUUGAAGACAUUGAUGCUGUAUCUCCUAGAAAUGGUAAUGAUGCUUCCAUCUAUAGAUCUGUUGUUGUUGUUGUCGCCGGUGGUGGAUGUGGUAAGACUACUUUAGUAACAAUGUUAUGCCAUGAUUCUGAAAUUCAAGCGAAAUUUGGUGCGAAUAUCUUCUUCGUGACAGUUUCAGAAGCACCAAACCUAAUGGUAAUUGUCAAUGAUCUUUUCAAUCCAAAUUCCUUCGGUCAACCAAUAUCAUUUCAAAGCAAUGAAGAUGCAAAGAAUAAGUUGAGGAACUUUAUGCGUGUGAAAGUGUCAACUCCGAUGCUUUUAAUAUUAGAUGAUGUGUGGUCCGAUUCGUUUCUCGAUAACUUUACAUUUGCUAACAAAGGAUGCAAAAUUCUUGUAACAUCAAGGACACCCUUUUUGAAAUAUGACGUGUUUCACCUUGACCCUUUGAGCGAUACGGAUGCCAAGACUCUCUUAUACCAUUCAACAAUUACUGAAAACAAGGAGACACCAAAAGCUACCAUUAAUGGAAAUCUUGUGAAUCAGAUGGUGAAAAGUUGUAAGAAACAUCCACUCUCCCUGUCAGUGGUUGGCGGUAUCUUAAAAGGGAGAGAUGAGUCGUGGUGGAGAUAUGUGUCAAAAGAAAUGUCUCUUGGUAUGAGGGUUCUAGAACUGAACGAUCAAGUACGUAUUUGUCUAGAAAGAAGCUAUCAAAACUUGGGUGAUGAACUGAAGGAAUGCUAUUUGGACUUUGGGUUAUUCCCAGGAGAUCAACGGAUCCCUGCUAGAGCACUACAAGAUAUGUGGGUGCAUCUAUACAACCAUGAUGACGAGGGAUGUGAUACCCUUAAAAAACUCGUUGGUCUUUCCUUCAGAAACCUUGUCAAUCUUACCACUAUUGGUCACAGGAAUGAAUCGGGUGCAGUGGUUAACUAUUGUGACCAGCAAUUUGUUACUCAACACGAUCUGCUGAGGGAGCUUGCUAUUCACUUGAAUAGCAAAGCAGAAGUACCAGUUGCACACAGGAAAAGGUUGAUUAUAUAUGCACAUGGAGAAGACUUGUCUGUAUCUAUCAGAGAAGCUAAUAAGCCUAUGCAAGCCCACAUAUUGUCGAUCUCCACAGGAGAGUGGUUCUCUUCUAAAUGGUGGAACAUGAAGGCCCCGUUUGCUAAAGUUAUGCUUUUGAACUUUGUGUCACCGACCUACUCCUUGCCCCCCUUCCUGAAGGAAAUGCCAAAAUUAGAAGUUUUACAUCUUAAAAACAAUGGUCCACGGCCGGAAGUAGUUGUGAAUUUACACCGUCUCAGCUGUUUAUCCAAUCUCAAAAGGAUUAGGUUUGAACAUGUUACUAUACCCUCCAUAGGCACGUCCUUUUUAUCUUUGGUGAACUUGCAGCAAUUGUCAUUCAUAGAGUGCAAAAUAGGUACUGCUUUUGACAAUGUCAGCAGUAACAACUUCAAGUUCUUGCCAAGAUUGGAUAAAUUUGAGAUAGAUUAUUGCCAAGAUUUAGUAGAAUAUCCAGAGUUAAUGUGUAGUGGUGCCCAUCUUCAGAAGUUGAGCAUAACAAACUGCAAGGAGUUGUGUUGGGUUCAUGAAGAUUUAAUUAAGUUGACUAGUUUGGAAACUCUGAAUCUCCGUUCUUGUACAAAAUUGAGAGAGUUGCCUGAAUCAAUCACGAGACUUGUGAAACUAAGCAUCAUAGAUAUUUCAUAUUGUAUAAGGUUGAGUGAGCUGCCAAAACAGAUUGGAAAGCUAGGUGGCCUACGUACUAUAUAUAUGGAAGGUUGUACAAGAAUUACUAAAUUGCCAUCAUCUAUACAAGAGAUAUCUAACACACUUGUGGUUGUAUGCAAUGAAGAAAUAUCUUAUCAGUGGAAGGAGUUAUAUAAUGUGGAGCUACAUGUGGUGGAAAAAGAUAGAUUAAAACCACUAAAAGGCAGGGGUCCUGUUCAAGCAUUGGAGAAACUCAAAAGAAAAUGAACAACUCAAUAGAAAGCUGAAAAUGUAGGUAAGGAGUGGUCCGAAUGUUGGUGAUUCUUUGAGAAUGUUUACAAGAAAGAACCGGAUGGAGUGAACUAGAUCUUAAAACACAAGCCGAUGAUGCAAGCAUUGCAAAAAGCUUACCAAAGCUGACCUGAUAAAGUAUGGUACGUCUAGUCUUAAAACACAUGAAAUGUUGUGAACUAGAUCCUUAAGUUAGAGCUAGUAUAGAAACUCAAGCCGACCUAGUGCUUAACAGAGAUACGAGUAGAAAGUGUGCUAGUAGUGUUAAUGUUUUGGAGACAUGAUGGACAAACCAUUAAGGAAUUUUUAUUAGACUUUUUUGUUUGUGCGAAAGUGCCAUUUAAGCUUGUAGAACAUUGGGCUUUUGCCGGGUUGGUUAACCAAUUGAAUGGGAAGGUAAAAUCACCAUUACGUCAAACUGCAUUGCCGAAUACUGCAUUGAAGAAAGAAGUAGAUUGUUUGAUUUAAGUGACCUGAAGACUACCAUUCACUUGACUACUUCUGAGUUAUGAUACAUGGACAUCAUCAUCAUUUCAAAAGUAGAACUAUAUGGUAGUAACCGAUCAUUUUAUUGAUGAAAAUUGGGUCGUGCAUAAAAGAAUUAUUUACUUUAGCCCCAUUAAAAAUCGCAAGGGAGAUGACAUUGGUCUUGAGUUGUUGCGUUGUAUAAUUGUAAGGGGAUUCAAAAUGUCAUGAUUAUAAAGCUGAUGGUCUAGCAAUGAUGAAGCUAUAGAGUACUUGUUAAAAAAAUUGCCUACCUUGUAUGAUAAAGGGAAACAUUUUCAAGUUGUACAAGUUGAAUAUGUGCAAAAGGAAUUUCGGUACGACAUUGACACAUAGAUGACAGGGUUCAAAAAAUACAUGAAGAAAGGAAAACUCAUAUUGCACAAGUUUUAGUGUGUUGAUUGUCCAACAAGGUGGGAUUCCAACUAUGAGGUGUUGAAAAUUGCCGUGGACCUACAUAAAGUCUUUAUGAAGUAUGAAAGUGAAGAUCCAUGUUAUGAGUGUCAUUUAGUAAGAAUACCCGAUCGUGAUGACUUCAAUGCUUGUAUUUAGAAAAGUUUAAAGAUAAAACAACCGUUUCGGCAACUUAAAAGCCUUUAUGUCUGUGGAGACCAAUGAUGAUUUUCUUCAUAUGGUUAGGCAAAUGGGAGAAAAGGUAGAUGAGUAUUGGGGGAGGUUCGAUAAGCUUAAUGACUAUUUUUACUUGGCCUUUAUCGAUCCUAGUAGGAAUUUUUUUUGUUGGACGUUGUUUUAAAGCGGUGAUUAUGAAUGAAAUUCCCCAGCAUAAUCCAAUGUCUAAAACUUUCGUUAAGAAUUUGGUCGGCGUUUUGGUCAGGGAUGUUGAGAAUAGGUUGGGAAAGUUGUUUAAACAUACAAAGCAUAGUUUGACACCGUUGGUUCGGAUCUCAAGAAGCACCUGUUGAAGAUGAUGCUAUUAAAUCGUAAGGAAAGAAUGACUGCCUCGUGAACUAUAUACACGUGGAAAGGACAUACAAUGGUUGUAAUCGAAUUAACAAGUUAUUUUGAUGAGGCCAAGGCAUAUAUCAAUUCCGUCCUUGACAUACUCAGGGGAAUGCAAAUAGGUUCCCAGUUGAGGUGAUUUAAUUUACGUUUUCAUGUUUAAAAUUGAAAUCCCCUUGUUUUUUUUUUGAACGGCAAAAUUGAAAUCUUCUAUAUUAGCAUUACUAGUGUCUUGUUAGGUAUCUUCACAAUUCAAAUGUCAUUGGUGGAGCAACUAUAUACAUGGAUAAGUUGACAUCUUAAUACAGGCCGUGUGUUAUAGAAGAAGGCUGUCAACAUAUUGGAAGUGUUGAGUUGCACACAAGAUUGGGUUAGAAGGUCGAGUAACUAUAUAUACCUGGAUAAGUUGAUGACAUCUUGGAUGAUGACGGCAUUGCCAUUGAGAUUGAAGAAGUUAUCAGCAACCGAACAGAUGAAAAGAUAAAGGAAAUUACAAAUGCAUGUCGAAGAAUGAUGUAUUUUGUGGUGUUAAUGAUAUUUUGAGAACGUUUAAUGUUAUUUUUGGAACGAAUACAAUGUUGUAAUCUUUUGGAAGUGGUUUUCACUUGUGCUCGAGACCACGAGAAGGUGUUAUUAACAUUGCAAAUAAGGAAUGGUCCACAUGGUUUAUGAAAUAUGACUUAAUAGUCCACAUGGUUUAUGAGUUGAUGUAUAUUCCAUGUGAACUUAUUUAGUUAUUUAACAGAAGCGAGAUUGCUUAUGUGAUCUA